AUGAGCUUCGAUUUGCCGGCUGAUCCAGCCACGUAAAGUUCUUUUCUUUUUCUUCGAAAUGUACCUUUUGCAGAUAUUUGAACGAUUUGAUUGUCGAGAUGCGCGAGCUGCUACAUUCAAACGUCGAGUUCAAGUACGCUCAGGUUGAUCAUUUUGUGUAAAAGGGAAAAGAAACAUCUGCACUCCAGAUUCUUGUAUCAAACGAAAUUGGACGAGCAUGGAGUUGUUUUCAGCAGCAGUCCCGUAACCACGGUCACGACACUCAACCUGCUUCUUCCCCAGUUUUUUUUUUUGAUUUUUAAGUAGUGCGUCCACGACUGGAAAAGUCUGACCUAUAAACAGAAUAAUUUCUCUGCUUGUCUCCUUCUAAUCGAAACCAAAAAUGAUUUCAACUGAUUUAGAUUUCUCGCUCGCCAACGCAAAAGGUAGCGACCGGAGACGCAGAAUCGCCAAGCGCGAAACGUAACUUGCGAACGCCGCGUCGCAAGUCACGACGUUCGACAGCGUCCCCGAGAACGCCGGUCGCAGCCGAGGAGAAGCCGCUCGGCGAGUGCAUACUCCAGACAAAGGUCUACAUCCCCGAGGCUCCACAGUUCAUCGAAGGUCGCGCGACGUAAGUUGCUCCCUUCGGACGUCAUCCAAAGAAGUUCAGUCGGUGUAAUUACAUCGGCCGCAUCCUUGGGCCUAGCGGCAUCACAGCCAAAAACUUGGAGAAACAACUCGAUUGCACCAUUCUCAUCAGAGGACGCGGCUCCGUACGAGUUAGACUUGAUUCCGUUGUUGGAUCUAAGAGUUGAGCUGCAGGACUCAGUUAGAGAGGCACGUCUGAUUGGCAGAAACGGCUGGGAACACCUCGAAGAACCGCUUCACGUCCUCGUUCUCGCCAAGGACGUCAACUACGCACAGUAAGUUGAUCUGAUACUAGUUAUGGUUUUUACAAGAAGUAUUGACAUUUGAGAAGACAAAACUGAUUCAAAAAAAACUGUCCAAAAUUAAUUAAUUUUUUUUUAUAUGCAAACUGAGUAUCAGUUAUGAGAAUAACCAUACUUCUCUAGUAUUUCAGAUGCGAGGAAAAGCUGAAGUCGGCAGCAGAAAAGAUUGAAGCGUUGUUGACGCCGGAGCACGACGGGCUCAAAAAGGACCAGCUCAUGCAGCUUGCUAUUAUAAACGGCACCUACACGGAUCGUGUAUCAUCUCCUUUUUGAAGGUGUUUUUUCUCAUCCAUUCGCUUGCAGAUGUCGCCCAAAGACCCCAGGCAAAGCGAUUGA